AUCUCUCCAGCCACUGUCACCCUGGCUUCCUAGCGCGCCACCUGCGGGCGGCUCCUUUCUUCAGGUGCCUCGGACCACAGGUCGCUGCCCGCGACCGUGCGGCGCCCCUGGGUCUCUCCCGAGAAGAACUCGCGGGUCCAUGGAGCAGGGCCCGGGCCCGGCCCCGGCCGAGAAGCCGCAGGGGGCGCGGUGCAGUAACGGGUUCCCCGAGGCGCGGGGCGCGCCGGCCGCCGACGGCUGGAAGGGCGAGCGGCCGCGCAGCCUGGAGGACGAGGCGCUGAGCCUGCCGGCGCUGGCCGCCGCCUACGCGUCCAUCCUGCGCGCGCUGGGCGAGGACCCGCAGCGCCAGGGGCUGCUCAAGACGCCCUGGCGCGCGGCCACGGCCAUGCAGUUCUUCACCAAGGGCUACCAGGAGACCAUCUCAGAUGUCCUGAAUGAUGCUAUAUUCGAUGAAGACCAUGACGAGAUGGUGAUUGUGAAGGACAUUGAUAUGUAUUCCAUGUGCGAACACCACCUUGUCCCAUUUGUUGGAAAGGUCCACAUUGGCUAUCUCCCCAACAAGCAAGUCCUCGGCCUCAGCAAGCUUGCGCGGAUUGUAGAAAUCUAUAGCAGAAGACUACAAGUUCAGGAGCGCCUCACCAAGCAGAUCGCCGUGGCCAUCACCGAAGCCUUGCAGCCAGCGGGAGUCGGGGUGGUGGUGGAAGCCACACACAUGUGCAUGGUCAUGCGAGGAGUGCAGAAAAUGAACAGCAAAACCGUGACCAGCACGAUGCUGGGCGUGUUCCGGGAGGACCCCAAGACCCGGGAGGAGUUCCUGACCCUCAUCAAAAGCUGAGUUUGGGCGGCGCUUUUGGUGCGGUGUGCGAAUCCUGCCACGAGCGGCGCUGUGUCUUCGUUGUCCUGUGCAUUCCAUUUCCGGAUGUUACAGAUGUGAAAUGUCAACUCUUGUAUUUAAACGUUAUUUAUAGAAGGUCAAAUAAAAAUAAUUCCCGACGGGGUGAGCCCUCUGCUUUCUCCUUGCCACUUUCUAGUGGCAGCAUCGAAGUGAACUGCUGAUAGUGUAGGUCGUGUGUACAGAUCACUGCCAGUCUGAGGCCCGAGGGUGCAGGGGGCAGGAGGGUCCACGCGCUGUGCAGGACCCUGUCCUGACCCCAUCUGUCAGCACAGGAGCAGCAGAAGCCUGGCCAGAGCACUGCUUUCUCUGCCUCCGACAGAAAAGCUAGGGGUCCAGAAGUGCUGAAAUAACCAGUGUGGGGGGCUGCAGAGCCACUGGCCCCCAACCCCCAGGCUGACAGACCACACCUCCGUCGUGUUUGGUGACCCUUCCACGGCUCUGUGUUUCGUGGACUUACAAACUGUCCCUUUUGAACGGCGGCCGUCCAGGAAAGACAGUGGAGUAUCUCUUGGUUUAUUUCGCUGUGAUUCAAAAAGCACACUUCUACCUUGGCUUCUUUUUUAAUUCAAGUGCAGGGAAUUCGUUCCUGGAGUCGUUUACGAAUUUGUUCUCAUGUCACAUACAAGGACUUAGAUGCUGAACUCUCUGUGCCUUGGUGAGGAGAUGACAGCCCUUAGAGCGGGGACCCUUUUGCCUUUUUCCCCAGAGCCAUUACUGUAGGAGGCGCAGCCCAGGAGGGGCAGGCGGCAGCACCUUCCCGUGAGAACCGUACCUUUCACGUAGAUGCCUGGACACAGUCUUUUUGGAUCUGAUUGAGUAUUUUGUCUGAGCUUUUUGCAGGCCUCUGCACCGUGAGCCCAGGCUGCAUGCAGAUGAUGGCAAGUGCUCUCCGGGCUCUGCUCCUGUCCUCUCUGGGCCCCUACGGCUCGUGCUCUGUGUCCCUCUGUUCAGGGGAACCAGUAUCUUAGUCCAGGAAGCUGAUGCCUUAUUUAUUAUUACGUUUCUAAAAAUUGCCUCACUGGGGCCAUGCGGGCCACAGUAAAACCCCCUGACUCCCCUACCCAACAUAAGCAUUGUUACACCCUGAGAAAGCCUGUUUUUUGUUGUUGGUAUUGGGGAAUCGAACUCACGACCUCGCACUUGCCAGGCAGGUGCUCGUGCCGCUGAGCUAAGUCCUCAGCCCCUCUGAGAAGGCCUCUGAUCCCUCCUAUUCCACCAACAGAGAGCUCGUCAAAGCUUCCCAGCUGCCAGCAGAACUCACUAUCACACUGGCCAUUCUGCAUCUGCCACUGGUACGAUGGCAGAGAUGGGUUUUUUCUUUCUUUCUGAUUUUAAAACUUCUAUUACAAGAUCUCUUCCCUAGCCUUUCUGUAGAGGUGGAGUUUCUGAAGUACAUUGGUGGCUGUGUUUGAGUUCAUUUUUAAGUCUAACCUGGUCUAGACAGCUGGCUCAAAAUUGAGAUACUUCUAGGUACACUUCCAAGCUCUCAGCUCAUGUUUGGUAUUUUAAAGUAAAAAACAAGCGUGACUUGGAAGACCAAAGAUGUCUUGAGUUAUAAAUUCACCUUUUCAAAAUCAUUUGUAUCCCUUUCAAAUGACCCUUGUCCUGACAAUUCUUGAUGUGUUCUUACAAAAGUCUGGUAUGUCUGCAGGUUGUUGUCUCGUUAGUAAAUGCAAAACAGACAUGGCUUUGUCUGUUUUACUCUAGUCUGUAGUCCUUCAAAUUACCUCUUCAUGUCCUUGGCACUGAGUCCCUUUGGGGGGAUUUUUAGGAAUUUGAUGGAUUUAAUUAUACCAUUAAUGAUAUCGUGUGUUCACAUUUUAUGUAUGUGUACGUAAAGUUGGUUCUACGUAAGUUAUUAAAGCAUUACAACUUUG